ACCUGAGCUGAGUGCGGUACCUCGGCAUUCGCGGGGUCGUUAACAGCCGUCUGCAAGCGUUCUUGUGCCGCAACAACAACACGACGGACCCCAUAAUGCCAUAUCAACUCAAAGGACGGAAUGUGCUCGUGACUGGCGGGUCAAGAGGUCUCGGAGCAGAAGUAUGCCGCAAACUCGCCGCCGAAGGCUGCAACAUCGCCAUCAACUAUGCGAACAGCGAAGCACCCGCCCAGGAACUCGCCAAGGAGCUUCAACAAAAGCACAACGUCAAGACCGCCGUGAUCAAAGGUGAUGCCGGAGUCAUGUCCGACUGCGUUCGUUGUGUCCAAGAAACCGUCAGGACUCUCGGCGGCAUCGACGGCGUCGUUGGCAAUGCGGGAUGGACUAAAUUCACCAACUUCGCCGACCUAGACGCCAUGACUGAAUCCGAGUGGGACAAGUGUUGGGCGGUCAACGUCAAAGGCCAGCAUGCGCUGCUGAAAGAAGCACUACCCACCUUCAACGAGAACGCGGACGGUGGCUUCUUCAUCAUCACCUCUUCGAUCGCCGCGAAAUCGCUGUCCGGGAGCAGUAUGGCCUACUCCGUCACCAAAGCCGCCCAGAUCCACCUGAUGAAAUGCAUGGCCAAGGUCGCCGGGCCGAAGGCGAGGGUGAAUGCUGUGCUGCCCGGCUUGCUGCUGACGGAUUGGGGCAAUCUGUAUGGCGACGAUAGGAUUAACAUGUUGAAGGAUGCUGCUGUGCUGAAGCAGGAGACUGAAUUGGGUGAUUGUGCGGAUGCGUAUGUGAUGUUGGCGAAGAACACGUCGAUUACAGGCCAGAAUGUACAGGUGGAUUCCGGGCUUGCAAUACAGCAUUUGUAAGUACCGUCACCACGAAACAGCGUGGCUGGCUAGCAUGACCCGCCGAUGAGGGGAUCGGCUUCGAAAGAGAAGUUACCGCUGUACUGUCUCUACAUGCCCUUGAAGUCUUCCAACUGGUCACUCCACCACAAUCACGGACCACUUUAAGCCCCCCUAAUGCGCCAUGGGCUCACCGAACGUCGGGGUAGCAGCCUCCUCCUGCGCCUCCACAAACGGCACAUCCGGACUCCCCUC